CUCGGUCAGAUACAAAAUGGCUUCCAGAUUAGAGGAGGAUUUCUGCUGUCCGGUCUGUCAUGAUGUCUUUAGAGAUCCUGUUCUUCUGUCAUGCAGCCACAGCUUCUGUAAAGACUGUCUGAAGAGCUGGUGGAAGGAGAAAAUAACACGUGAGUGUCCAGUUUGUAAGAGAAGAUCUUUGAGGGAAGAACCACCCUGUAAUCUGACUUUAAAGAACCUGUGUGAGAGUUUCUUACAGGAGAGAGAUCAGAGAUCUUCAGAGGCUCUCUGCAGUCUGCACUCUGAGAAACUCAAACUCUUCUGUCUGGACCAUCAGCAGCCAGUGUGUGUCGUCUGCAGAGAUUCAGAAAAACACUCCAACCACAGAUUCAGACCCAUCGAUGAAGCUGCACGACAACACAAGAAGGAACUUGAGGAAACUCUGGAGCCCUUAAAGGAGAAGUUAAAGGUUUCUGAAAGAGUUAAAGUGAAGUUUGAUCAAACAGCAGAACACAUGAAGGUCCAGGCCCGACGCACAGAGAGGCUGAUUAAGGAGCAGUUUAAGAAGAUUCACCAGUUUCUAGAAGAGGAAGAGGAGGCCAGGCUGGCUGCACUGAGGGAGGAAGAGGAGCAGAAGAGUCAGAUGAUGAAGGAGAAGAUGGAGGCUCUGAGCAGAGAGAUAGCAGCUCUUUCAGACACAGUCAGAGCCACAGAGGAGGAGCUGAGAGCUGAAGACGUCUCAUUCCUGAACAACUACAAGGCUGCAGUGGAAAGAGUCCAGCAGCGCCCCCUGCUGGAGGAUCCACAGCUGCCCUCAGGAGCUCUGAUAGACGAGGCCAAACACCUGGGCAACCUGACCUUCAACAUCUGGAACAAGAUGAAGGACAUGGUCUCCUACAGUCCUGUGAUUCUGGAUCCAAACACUGCUCAUCCAUAUCUCAUCCUGUCUGAAUAUCUGACCAGUGUGAGACCAGGAGAGAAACAGCAGCUUCCUGAUAAUCCAGAGAGGUUUGAUCAGUACUGGACUGUUCUGGGCUCUGAGGGCUUUAACUCAGGGACUCACAGCUGGGAUGUCGAGGUUGGAGACAGUACAUACUGGUUACUGGGUGUGUCAGCAGAGUCUGUCCAGAGGAAGGGAGACAUACUGUCUGGAUUAUGGAUAAUAUGCUUGUAUGAAGGUAAUUACUCCGCACGGUCACCACCAGCUCCAUCAACUGAUCUUGUAGUUCAGAAGAAGGUCCAGAGGAUCAGAGUGAAUCUGGACUGGAACAGAGGAAAGCUGUCAUUCUCUGAUCCUGAUACUAACACACACAUACACACCUUCACACACACUUUCACUGAGAGGAUGUUUCCAUACAUUUUCACUGGGGAUAAAGUCCCACUGAAGAUAUUACCAGUGAAGGUCAGUGUGACAGUGUAACAGAGCAGUUAGAGAUAAAUAGGAUGAUUAUAUUCAUGAUGUUUAUUCCUUAAAGAGAAAAAUCUCUGAAUUGAACCUUUUAAACUGAAACCUGGUCCUCAUUAUUCCAAUUAUUUUUAGCAUAUUUUAUUAAAACAAUAAAAACUAAACAGCUGCUUGAUUCCCGACACUGGGACCAGAUGACUUUCUCUUAAACUGAGAAGGUGUGCGAGUGCUCUUACUCUGAAAAUAAGGACAAUAAUCUGUUUCCUCUGCUUGGAUAUUAUGCAACCAUUGUUGGUACUGGUUAAAUCCACCUCAAUAUUAGCUGUAAGAUCUUAUUAAGACAAUGUUACAUAUUUUUACUUAAAAUCAGUUUCUAAUGCAAAAAAUGUUUGACAAGAUUAUUUUUCUAUUGGACCAAAAAUAAGAGUAAUUUCUAAAAGGAUUUUUUACUUUGUUGAAAUAUGUUUUUUGCAGUAAACAAUAUGCUUAUUAGUCUGAUUGUUUUUCUUUUCUUUUUGUUAUUUAGUUUUAAAAAAAUGUCUUUUUGUUUCUAUUGUUGACCUUUUUCAGAUGUAAAAUUAUUUCACUUAGUUACUGAUCUUUAUGUUUGGUUUUCUUUUAAUUGAUACUGUGUCAUUUUAAAUUCAUUUUUUCAUUAUUUUUUUGUGGAAGCUGAUGGAUCCAAAUAAUUGAUACAAAUUAAUCAAUAACUGCAUGUUUGAGCUGCAAAGUUUCCAGAUUGUUUAAUUCCACAUAUGAAAUGUUCACAAUGUGUAAAAUAUUUGUUUAAAUGAUCUAAAAUAUAUGAACAAUGUUCUGUUUGAUGUGAUGAAGUCUCUAACAGUGUUUUCAUUUAGUUUCCAUCAGUUGAAUUCUGCUGUUAGUCAUUCAGUCAGAGGAGAAGUUCUUCUAUUUAAGGUGGAAUGUCUCAUGUUUAAGGUGGAACGUCUCAGUUUGGGUUCAGACUGUAUGUAAUGUUGCUGAUUUCAGAACAUUAAUUAAUGUUAAUGUACAAUUCCUCAUGUUUUAUAAUGUUUAAUAACAUUCUCCAGUCGGAGAAAUACAGUUAUUAACUUGAUACCAUCUAAAAUAACUGACCUAAUGGGCUAUAACGAGUUUCUGUUAACUUUAUACCAUAAGAAAAUUGUCUUUGAAUGAACAAUUAAUUCGGUUUUAAGUUAAAUCUGCAUGUAAAUAGAUUUUUAAAAGGAGAUAAAGUUUUCUAUCUGUGACAUGACCACAAUCAAGAUUUCCUCACAGUCAAAAACUGUAGAAAAGUAAUAAUUUUACAUAAUAUGACCUUUAUUGAACAACAUAUGAAGGUUGACAGCAGUGAGAACAAAUGCAAUGCAGAGGUUUGACCAGCAGGUGUCACUGUUUUGUCUUUGAACAGUUUGUCAGGUUGCGUUCACUGGCUUCAGGAAAUCUGUACCAUCACCUGGACCCACCCAGGGUUCCACUGUCCUCCACAAAGAGAAGAUAAAAACAAUCUGUAUGUUUAACAUUUAAUUAAAGUGAGUGGUAGUGAGCGUGUGCAGGACGAACACCCACUAAUGUUUAUUCUCAUUUCAAAUUUGCACAAUGAAAUAAAACCGAUGUGCUGCCUCAGAAAGAAGAGGGAACAUCACCAAGAAUACAAGACUUUCUUCACUCUUUUGCUUUUAUCCAGAACUCGUAAAACGGACUUUUUUCAAAUAACUGAAAAUGUUGCAGCAGCGUAAAAGCAGAAGCAACAUCGUUUGAAAAAAAAAAAAGAAAUUCAGAAUAAAACUGAAA